AUGCCACGGGAAUUGUCCUCGGACGUGCUCGUGAGCAUCGUCCUGCGGCUCCCUCCGAGCACCCGGCGGCUGACCCGCCUGGUCUGCCGUCACUGGCGCGACGUCGUGGACACGCGCACGGCGGAGAUGCAGAGCCGCGCCAAGCUUCUCGUCGGCACCGGCGAGGGCUCCGCGUACGUCGUCGUGGACGAUCCAUCAAUAUCAGCAGGGAGCCCCGGAAGAUAUCUUUGGAAAAACAACGACGCCAACGCCCGCCCUGGCCCCCGCGAAGGCACGAUGCCGAUGGUCGUCGGCACCUGCAACGGCCUGAUCUGCCUCCGCGACAAGCGGAAGCCCGACGCCGCCAUCACUCUGGUCAACCCGGUCACCGGCGAGAGGCUGUCUAUCCCGCCGCUGCCGUCAACCGCCGGCGUCCCGGAAAGGACCUGCUUAGUAGGCUGGCACGAGGCGUACGGCUUCGGGUACCACCCCACGGCCGGGCGGUACAAGAUCGUGCAUGUGGACGCCUACGCUAAGAGAGGAAACUUGCAGCAGUUGAAGGUCUUCACGUUGGGGGAGUCGUCAUGGCGGGACGUUGCCACGGGCUCUCUCCCGAGAUGCAAUUACAGCGCCGGCAUCGUGGGGGUGGACGGCACCAUGUACUGGGCCGCGAAGAAUGGAAAGAAGCUCAUGGCGUUCGACCUCGACCGCGAGCGCCUCAGCUUCAUCAAGUCGCCACCGGAUGCGCGGUCUGGCGGAUGGCACCUGACGAAGGUGCGGGGGAGGUCUGGGUUCUAG